CUCAUGUUUCUAUUUCACGACCAGAAAUAAAUCAGAAACACACACAAACCUCUAAAGUUGCUGUAGCGUUUCAGAAAUUUUGGUUGAUAGAGCUACAUACACAUAUGGUGUCUGUAUAUCCAACACCACCAGCGGGUCAAGAUUUCUACUACAUGGGGGAUCCGAUGAAAAUGGGUCUUCCGGGUUUGCAUUCGAUACAAUCUGGUUCUAAUGGAGCGAGUAGUCAUGGGAAUUCGAAUUCGGGUUUGGUGGUACCCGAUGACCAUAACAAGAAGACCCGAAAGCCCUAUACAAUUACCAAGUCUAGAGAGAGCUGGACUGAGCAGGAACAUGACAAGUUUCUUGAAGCUCUUCAGCUCUUCGAUCGUGAUUGGAAAAAGAUUGAAGCAUUUGUUGGGUCGAAGACUGUUAUCCAGAUACGUAGCCAUGCGCAGAAAUACUUUCUGAAGGUCCAGAAGAGUGGGACAAGUGAACAUGUACCUCCCCCGCGCCCAAAGAGAAAAGCAGCUCAUCCUUAUCCACAAAAAGCUCCUAAAAAGGUUCUGUCCCAAGUUGGCAGCAUCCAAUUUCAACCUCCAGGAGCUUUGCCUGAACCAGGAUUU